AUGCACAUCCUUUGCACGGCACCCCAGAAAUACUGCUGUGCCCCGGUACCUCCAGGCAGGUGCUACGUGCACACGGGACAUCCCAGCCCAAACCACGGCUAUGCCCUGCGUAUGUCUGAGGCGGCACGUGGUGCUGUGGUUCCCGCUGCUAGAGUGAGGCUGGAGAAGGGGGACCUGGCAUUUUCUUGCACCCAUAGCAUGGCACGAGGAGCGACGCAGGAAACACACAAAAUUUACAGGCAGAAACUGGAAGAAGUCACCAGCUUGCAGACAGCCUGCAGCAGCUCCAUACACCGGCAGAAGAAGACACUGAGGGAUCUGAAGCACAGCCUGCAACGGUGCAAGCCUAGAGCGAGUCCUGAAGAGUUUGCUCUCAUUCAGGAGAUCAGCACCCAGAUCAAGGAGAGGCAAAAUGCCUUCUUCGACAUGGAAGCCUACUUGCCGAAGAAGAAUGGCUUGUACUUAAAUCUGGUGCUGGGAAACGUGAAUGUAACUCUCCUGAGUAACCAAGCAAAGUUCGCCUACAAGGACGAGUAUGAGAAGUUCAAACUUUAUCUGACGAUAAUCUUGUUACUCGGGGCCGUCGCCUGCAGGUUUAUUCUCCACUACAGGGUGACAGAUGAAGUGUUUAACUUUCUGUUAGUGUGGUAUUACUGCACGCUGACGAUACGGGAAAGCAUUCUCAUUAGCAAUGGAUCAAGGAUCAAAGGCUGGUGGGUGUCUCAUCACUAUGUCUCCACGUUCCUGUCUGGAGUAAUGUUAACGUGGCCAGAUGGACUCAUGUAUCAAAUGUUUCGCAGUCAAUUUUUAGCAUUUUCAAUAUUUCAGAGUUGUGUUCAGUUCCUACAGUAUUAUUAUCAAAGGGGCUGCCUUUAUAGACUCCGUGCUUUGGGGGAGAGAAACCACUUGGACCUUACAGUAGAAGGAUUUCAGUCCUGGAUGUGGCGGGGGCUGACCUUUCUUCUUCCCUUCUUGUUCUUCGGGCACUUCUGGCAGCUGUAUAAUGCAAUCACACUUUUUGGAUUGUCGAGGCAUAAGGAGUGCAAAGAAUGGCAGGUUUUUGUGUUGGCGUUCACGUUUCUGCUGCUCUUCCUUGGGAACUUCCUCACUACUCUCAAAGUGGUGCACACUAAACUCCAGAAAAACAAAGACAAAAUGAAGAAGCUGUGAACCCCCCCCUCCCUGGGGUGCAGGCUGCC